AUGCGGAAAUCUGACCCAUAUCCAGUGAUACUACUGUCUGAUCUCGAGCUUGGAGAAAAGACAAUGAGCUACAUACGAAAACGCACCGCAAGCGAAGUUACGGAGGGGAUAGGGGAUCCGUUUAUUGACUCAAGUACACGCAGAUGCGACGGUGAACGACCUUGCUCGACCUGUCGGGAAUCGGCAGCCGAGUGUCGUUACAAGGAGCUGCCAGUUGAACGGGUCGACCUUCCCACUGGCUCCGCGCCGGCCUCCGACCCAGUUGCCGAACGCCUCGGCCGUAUAGAGAUUCUGCUACAGGAACACAGCGAGCGCCUGAACGAGCUUGCCCAGGGCGCCGGGACCACCGCCUCUAGCCCUUUUCAGCCCAACUUGUUCUCACUGCCGGCAUCCUACUCUUACCAACUUCAGCGUCAGCAACAAGAGCAGUUGGGGCAGUCGCCUCCACAAAUCGGAGGGCUCCAGAGCCGCCAUGACCCGGGAUCCGUCAAUCUUGACCCCCGCCUGGAUCAUCACCAGUUUCUCAUCCCGACCGACCAUUUCACUUCGGCAAGUUCUCUCUUUGCAUUACCUCGCAUCCGAAAUAUGCUCGGCGACUAUCCUAGGAGCCUUUUUCAUGACAUCGAAGACAGCUUGCCCCUGCCAGAGCCUUUGGAUUUAUUCCAGAGCACAAAGCUUGACUGGCCGUCACUAGAUAAUGCAGCCUUUGAGACUUUGUCGGCCAACUAUUUUGCACGAGUACACUCAACGUACCCAUUGUUUCCGGAACACGAUUUCAUCCGUUGGCGAACAGAGAUUUAUGAUCACGGCCCCGCCGAAACUCCAGAGACAGCAAUAUGCCUGUGUGUGUGGGCGCUUGGCGCUAUCGCUCCCGGCGACGAGCAGGUGGUUCCGCUGCCUCUGCAUGUCCAGGCGGAAAAGGACCAGCUUGCAAUGAGCCUCUUCCAACCAGCGCUCCGUCUUUUGCUUAAAUGGACCGUCUGGGGCUUCCAGCCGAGCCUGCCUAUCUGUCAGGCGCUCGUCCUGGCAGCCUCGUUUUUCGCUCAUCUCGGCAGGCCACUUCACAGUUGGAGGAUGGCUUAUUUUGCAUCUCAUAACUUUAUUUUUCUUUACGAGAGUGAUCGAGCAGCCGAGCUGGAACUUCCCCGAACCGGGAUCGAGCCUAUGGCGGACCGACUCUCGGAUCAAAUGCCCCUUCCGCGGAGCUUGAACCCUUUGGAGCACGAAGAGCUGAUUUACUUCGCGGCAGAGACUGCCGCAAGGAGGUUGCUGAAUCGGGUUCACAGCUCUUUGUACUCGUCAGAGCACUCGGGCCUAAUCUCUUUUUCUGACAUGAACCCGACUGCGGGCAGUUUAAGUCUUGUAAAGCUUGUCAAUGUCAGUUCAGAACUCCACCGUCAGUUGGAGGAGUGGUAUUUGUCCAUUCCAGAGAGCCUGCGGCCACCCUUGGGUACCGAACCGUGUCCAAACGACCGUGCCAGGGUGCUUCGGCUACGCUUCUAUGCAGCUCGUCAUAUCAUUCACCGGCCUUUUGUGCUCUAUGCAGCACUGAUGCAGCAGCAAGCAAGGAGCUUGGCACCAUCCUCGGUUGGCUCUAGCCCGGUGUCGCCUCACCUGUCUGUCGGUACGCCGGCAUCGUCCAGCGCUGUGCCAGCCGGGUCUGCUCAACCCCUCACCUCGAUCCCGCAGAUCGUUUUGGAUAAAAGCGAGAUCUGCAUCAAGACAUGCUCGACUUACCUCCGCAAUUCAACCGAGAUGCUUGACAAGCGGUCUCCUUACCUCUGGACCUUUUCACAAACCUCCAUGGCGAAUCUGUUGGUCCUCGUCACUUGCGAUUCGAUCCCGCAGCUGCAACGGUUCACGACGGACGUGAAGGAGCUGAAAGAGUUGCUAGUGUCAAAGUUGCGGCUGUGGGCUACACCAGGGUCAAGUUUCGAGGCUGAGAUGCGCAUAUUGGAACGAAUCACAACGAGGGACUGA